GGACAACAGUGAAAACAACAGGACUGGUUUUAUUUGCGGGCAGAAUUUACUACAACUCCAAGUGUUAACAUAAAAUAAACAAACCAAAACAUGGACCCAGACAAUUUCAAUAACGGCUGUAAUUACGAAAUAAUGAAGAGAAUCAACUCUUUAUUGGACAAUACUUUAGAUUUAACGACCCUAACUUCUGGUACGAUGCCAACAGAACAAUUUCGAGAUUCUGCCGACCCUUACUCUUUCUCAUCAAGAGUCUCUCCUUCAAGUCCUUCAAACACGUAUUAUCCGUUUAGUACUUCGCAGUCAGGCAGCAGCACUUCGUAUUUUACACCAGAACGAUACCAAAGCAUGCGUGCAGAUUCGCCACACAAUUCUUCCAGCGACUAUAACUCGCUUUCGUCUUUAAGCCCUUUCUCUGAAUGCCGGUCUCCAGUGGAGGGGAUUUUCUAUAACCAAAGCCCCAAAUCUCUUUUACAACCGAUACGUUCUGACUACGAGAAGUCGCUCUACCCUGAUAGCAUUGACACUUCCACACUGGUUGAAUUAAUGAACUCUCUUAAUAUUGGCUCUAAUAACCAAUAUGAAGCCGACACCUUGCCAUUCCCUCAUCCUAGCCAGGUAGCAGUAUCUUCGGCUGUUGCAAAUACGACAGCCCUCUUACCUUCGACAUCUAUGGACAUUUUGACCGACAGAAGAUGGGCUGUGAAUCCUUUGUAUUACAGACCAGACCCACUCGCCGUUGAUCGGGCGGCCAAACUACAUAAAAAUGCUGCAGCAGUCUGUGAAGCCAGCUGCACUUGGAGAGGUCAACUACCACCUAGAAAUAAUAAAAGUCCUUCCUAUUCCUGUAAAGUAUUUUUGGGUGGUGUACCAUGGGAUAUUACUGAAGCCGGCCUCCAAGCUACAUUUAACAAGUUUGGUGGAAUGAAAAUUGAAUGGCCCGGCAAAGACGGCUACGUCUACUUGUUAUACGAAACCGAGAAAUCGAUUCGCAGUUUACUGCAAGCAUGCACCCAAGAUUACUCCAACGGCAACGAGUAUUAUUAUAAGAUUUCUAGUAGAAGAAUUCGAUCAAAAGAGGUUCAAGUGAUACCGUGGGUGCUGAGCGAUAGUAAUUUUGUAAAGCAACCAUCACAAAGACUGGACUCUACCAAGACAGUGUUCGUUGGGGCGCUACAUGGGAUGUUGACAGCCGAAGCUCUUUCGAAUAUCAUGAGCGAUUUGUUUGAAAAUGUGGUAUAUGCUGGUAUUGACACGGAUAAGCACAAAUACCCCAUAGGAUCAGGACGCGUGACAUUUAGUACCCGCAGAAGUUUCAUGAAAGCUGUCCAAGCAGCAUUUGUGGAAAUUAAAACUCCUAAAUUUGUCAAAAAGGUUCAAAUAGAUCCAUAUCUCGAAGACUCUCCUUGUACUAUCUGUAUGAAUCAAACGGGGCCGUUUUUCUGUCGUGAUCUGCAGUGCUUUCGUUACUUCUGUCGUAAAUGUUGGUAUUUACAGCACAAUUCAGAAUACUUACUUCACCAUAAGCCACUCACAAGAAACAGCAAAUCGGGGAAUGGUAUCUGACCUUGUGAUUUCUGGAAUUCCAAAGAACCACAUUGAAGCAAAGUGACUUUUCGGAAUUCCAAGUAUAAACUGCAUUAAAAUGCAGCUUUUUAACUGGUCGUUGAUUCAUAAUUUUCUGUUGAGGAAUUUUGAAGCAGUUAAUAACUUCGGUUAAUUUAAAAGCCCAAUGGAUUCUCGAGAUUACGCUCAGUGAGGGUAUUGUUUUGUUUGGAAUAUUGAGAAAUGCUUUAUCACAAACCUGAAAAAAACUUUGUCAUUUCCAGUGUUUUAUUUUUCACUUAGUUUUAUUUUUGUGUUCGAUCGUUUUAAAAUUUCUAACUAACUCUCCCUGGUGUUCUUUAACUAGCUUUAUUUUAGAAAAGAAAAAAAAAAUUUUACUUGUUAGUUUUACCAGCAUGUCUCAUUCCAAUAUAACUGCAGAUAUUUUUAUGGCAGGUCACAGGUCGGUUAUUCGAGGCUUGUCGACUGUCGUAAAAGAAUUUUACUAGAUACGAAAGAAAAUUUUAAGCUGGUAAUUUUUAACUCAUUUUGGUUUGCUGUUAGUUCAGGUAAAUGUCGCUUUACUGUAA